GCCCUACUGUACCAAUGACAUGCCGAAUCACGACCUGAUUUGCCUAGCACGGAUCUCCGAGCGGUGGGUGUCACCCUGGCGGUCCUGUGAUGUCUGGGCGUCUGUGAAUUUAGUCGUGAUUCGCUUUUUGUACCUAGCCAUGUGAGUUCCUUGGAGACCAGUUCAUUUCGCUAAAUCAGGUCUUGAAAUCACUUGCCGGAACUCUUGGCCCAAAUGACACGUCGUCUGGUACGCGACAAUUUAGGCUUUGAAUCCCUUCUCACCUCUGUACUGGCUACGCAAAACCGCGGCACGUUCUAUCCACCGCGUAUCAACCGGCUGAUUUGGAGACAUGGAGGGAGACAUUCUUACGAGCGUCCAGCUAUCAAUUAUCGACGACGCGCAGCUUUUAGUCUGUUCUCGGGACGACUGCCGUAUUGCUCUAUCGCCGACCCCGAGCGGUGUGCCCGAGCACCUACGUUCGCGACAUCAGACACCGGUAGAGAGGCGCAAACAGGUGACUUACACACUACGGCGUUCAGAUCUGCGCCUCAAGGAGCCUACUUCUGUUGAACCACGACCCGACGGCGUUCUCAUUGAUAGCCGGCUCCGGUGUAACGAUGGAUUUCUUUGCGAUCUCUGCCCGUUCCGCACCAUGAGCAAGCCGAUGAUCGCGCGGCAUCUCAAUAGAGAGCACUUUCGGGCGACUACUGGGAGGUGGGCAAGGAGUCACGCUACAACUGCCUCGUCGUACAUGCCGGUAUACUUACAGGCCUGGGUUCGUAACCCGCCCCGGUCGCAAUACUGGACUGUUUCUCGGGCCGAUGCUGCCACGACGGCAGUCAGGCCCGUUGGACGCGAUGAAGAGCUGCGUCACUUAUACGACGUCCUGGCGCGUGAAGAGGCGUGCCGUCAGCGGAUCAGCCGUACCCAAGGGAGGGUGCCUUACUCUACUGCCCAGGAGGCGUCUUCCAAUAACACAGCAACGGCAUACACGGAACUUCGACCCUUGCUAGAGCGGACGGGAUGGGAGCGGGUGUAUACCAACGUGGAUCGGCAGCUUCUCUAGUCGCUGACUUUUCGGCCAGUAGAGCGUUCGUAUCGCCCUCUUCUUCUGUCGGCAGGCCUG